AUGGCCCCCACGUACAGCGCGCAGUCGCUCUUCCACGCCAAUGACCUCGUCGUCGUCAUUACCGGUGGCGGUACAGGUCUGGGGAAGAUGAUGGCCCAUGCCAUGGCGGCCAACGGCGCCAAGGCCGUCUACAUCCUCGGACGACGACAGGAAGCCCUCGAUGAGGCCAAGGCGUCGUCGACCAACCCUGACGUUAUCCACACGAUCGUCUGCGACGUCACCUCCAAAGACUCCCUGACAGCGGCCGCUGCGCAAGUGACCAAGGAGAUCGGCUACAUCAAUGUCCUCUUCGCCAACAGUGGUGUCAUGACUGCCCUCGUUCCCGCACAUGACGUUGACAGCCUGUCAAUCGAGGCGCUGCAGGAGCGGCUCUGGAGACCGGACAUGGACGAGUUCAAUCACACAUACCACGUCAACGUCACGGGCGCCUUCUACUCAGUGGUCGCCUUCCUUACCCUCCUCAGCGAGGGCAAUAACCGCAAGGUCGUUCCACAAAAGUCGCAAGUCAUCUUGACUUCAUCAGCGGGAGGAUACAUUCGGAAGCCGAUGGGCGGGUUCGCGUACGGCACGAGCAAGGCUGCUGUAACACACAUGUCCAAGCAGCUGGCCACGCUGCUCUCGACCUGGACCAUCCGCGUUAACACGAUUGCGCCUGGGUUCUACCCCAGCGACAUGACCAACGACAUGCCAUUUAUGAGCGCGCUGGGCGACCCGCGAGUCGAAGGUGGCAUGACCAAGGAGAUGGUGCCGCUGAUGCGAUGCGGUGCGGAGGAGGAUCUGGCGGGCGCGGUGCUCUUCCUUGUCAGUCCCGCCGGGGCUUACCUCGACGGCAACCAGCUCUUGACGGAUGGUGGCCGCGUAGGUCUCCUGCAAGCGACUUACUGA